GCUCGGGGCGGCGGCGGUGGCGGAAGUGGGAGAGGAGCCGGAGUCUUGGCCAUAAAGCCCGAGGCGGCGGCGGCGGCGUUGGCAGCUUGGACAGGCCGAGGAGCCCGCCGGCAUCGGAGCUUGGCCUUUCCUUCGCUCCUGUCGUCCCCUCGUCUCCUCCUCGGCGGAGCCCUCGCGACGCGCCCGGCCCGGAGCCCAGCGGAGCGGCCGCGCUUGAAGGAUGACCUCGAGGAAGAAAGUGCUGCUGAAGGUUAUCAUCCUGGGAGAUUCUGGAGUCGGUAAGACAUCACUCAUGAACCAGUAUGUGAACAAGAAAUUCAGUAAUCAGUACAAAGCCACAAUAGGAGCAGACUUUCUGACAAAGGAGGUGAUGGUGGAUGACAGACUAGUUACAAUGCAGAUCUGGGACACGGCCGGACAGGAGAGGUUCCAGUCUCUGGGUGUGGCCUUCUACAGAGGCGCAGACUGCUGCGUCCUGGUGUUCGACGUGACUGCCCCCAACACGUUCAAAACCCUCGACAGCUGGAGAGACGAGUUCCUCAUCCAGGCCAGUCCCCGGGAUCCGGAGAACUUCCCCUUCGUCGUGCUGGGAAACAAGAUUGACCUCGAAAACAGACAGGUGGCCACGAAGCGGGCACAGGCCUGGUGCUACAGCAAAAACAACAUUCCCUACUUCGAGACCAGUGCCAAGGAGGCCAUCAACGUGGAGCAGGCCUUCCAGACGAUUGCCCGGAACGCGCUGAAGCAGGAAACGGAGGUGGAGCUGUACAAUGAAUUCCCUGAGCCCAUCAAACUGGACAAGAACGACCGGGCCAAGGCCUCGGCAGAAAGCUGCAGCUGCUGAAGUGGCAGAGAGAGCAGAGCACGGAGUCUUCACGAACCAAGAACACACGUAGGCCUUCCACCAUGAGCCCCUCUCCUCUCCACACAAACAGUCAUCUCUCACAUCCAGCUGCCAAAAGAACCCCCAAACAGAGUUUCCCCUGUGCGCGCGCACACACACACACACACACACACACCCCCACCCACACCCCUGACACAGACAGACUCCACAGCCCAGGCCUGUGACGGCUCUAUCGGGGUCCCUGCGUCAGCAGAUGGCAGCAGGAUGGGCCGGCUGCAGAAAUCGUCCUGGUUUGGAGUCGGCCUCAGAGGCUUCUUCUUUUUGUCCACUGGAGAGAGAGAACUGUUACAGUCAACCUGUGUCUAAAUUAGUUGUUUUUUUUUUUAACUGUCUUGUGGUUUUACCCCCCCCACCACCCCACCCCUGUGAAGGCUACCACUUGGGAAGGCUGGUGCCCUGCGCUUCAUUACAGGCUCACACCCAGUCUGAUCAGGCUGAGUUUUGUAUGUAUCUGUUAAUGCUACUUUUAACUAAUCAGAUCUUUUUACAGUAUCCAUUUAUUAUGUAAUGCUUCUUAGAAAAGAAUCUUAUAGUACAUGUUAAUAUAUGCAACCAAUUAAAAAUGUAUAAAUUAGUGUAAGAAGUUCUUGGAUUACGUGUUUAAGUCCUGUGAUGCAGGCGUAGAGAUGGAGGGUUGAAGCCUGUCUGGAUCGCAGAGUGUUCAGCCACUCACAUUUCAGAAAUCCAGCUGGAGGCAGUAUUCUGUACAGUAGACACGGGAAUCAUGUACGCCUGGAGGCAGUGUUCUGUACAGUAGACACGAGAAUCAUGUACGCCUUUUAAUCAAAGACUUAGGAGCCAAAAAGCUUUUCAUCUCUCCAGGGGGAAAACUGUCUAGUUCCCUUCUGUAUCUAAAUUUUUCCAAGAGGUUGAUUUGCAUAAUACCAUGGUGUGUGCAAUGGAGAAAUGGCUGUUUCAGAAAUAUAAAACUCUCAUUUUUCUUUUUUUUUUUCUCUGCUC